ACGAAAUCGACGAGGAAUCCAAGUUUCCGUCGGAGAGCUGAAGACCUCCUCAACUUCAUCGCACAACCAAGUGCUUGUUGUGCCUAUCUAUCGAGUUUAUAGUCAGGUGGCCGCGAGAUCAUUUGUCCGCGUGCCGUCCUACAUAGAAUCAUCUUUAUAUAGUUUGAGUUUUGAACGUAAUAUCUCUUAUAACCUUCCAUUUACUUCUGCUAUUGUAUAAGUCAAGUUCGUCGAUAGUGCCCAAAUUUCUUCCUGGUCGUCGCUAACGUGUCAUCACGAAUCAAAUAACUUUUUGCCUUCGAAAUAUUAAAGUGUAAUUCGAAUUCGAUUUUAAUUGGACCUUCAGCAAGUUUUGCUACUGCUCUUCACGCAUUACUUCGCAGUUUGUAAAAAGUGAAACAAUCUCGUGUUAGGACUCCUAGUCCUUCGCGAAAAACUUCGCUCACGUCGAUCCCUCUUCGGAAUCAAUAAAUUGUACGCAUCACUGGGUACAUUUUUUUCUUUUGCACUAGUUCAAACAUGGCUUACUGAAAGAAAAUGACGAAUUUGCAACGAUUUAACGUUUCUCCAUACGGAGGGGACCUGCUCUCGCUUGUGUCUGCUCGUCGCCUUGAUAAAGGCAUAUAUUUAAAGAACGGACGAAAAUCAGUCCUCUGUAAAAGAGCAGCUUCUGGCACUGCAAUCAGCAUCUAUUAUGGACAAAAAAGCCAAAUAUCAGCAGCAGCACCAAGCGUGCAAAUCUUCUUCAACUGAAGCUAAAAGAUCUCAAGAUGGAAUUAAUUCAAGGCCUUCUAAAUCAUCGCAACGCUAUAAACCAAUCAAUUCUAGUAAUAUCCCUAAAAAUGAUUACAAGAGGUCCAAUGCACAGAAAACACAAAAUGCUGAUAAGAGACCAAAAUCUAAAGGACAAUGUCAUGGCAGUUCAAAGGAGGGUUCCAAGGUAAUGGAAUACGAUUCAGCUGAGCAUGGCUCAGUUAUGGUACAGAGAAAUAAAAAACCAAAUAUCAAUCAGAAUCUGACCGAUAUUCAACACUUGGUAAAUUUUCGUUAUGAGUCAAGAAUGUUGAAUCAUUAUAGCAACAACAAUCGAUCAUCUAACCAGAGUCAUCAUCAUAAAUACAACAAAGAAGCUUUUCUACUUUCUAACUGCCAGUUCAUUGUACCUGAUGAUAGAGAUUAUUCAGUAUUCUUAAAUGACUCCAAUAAAUUGGUUGAUUGGGCAUUAAUACAACAGAUUCGGUUGAGAAGUUCAGAAUAUCCAAUAUGCCCUAUUUGCAUGUAUCCUCCUGUAGCUGCAAAAAUAACUAAAUGUUGUCAUGUUUAUUGUUGGCAUUGUAUACUUCAAUAUUUAUCAGUAAAAAAAGAAGAAGGAAAACAAGCUCACUGUCCCAUUUGUUACAACUCUGUUAUUCAUAAGCAUGAUUUGAAAAGCGUUUCUGUUAUUACUGAUCAAGUAUUGAAUGUUGGAGAUACUGUUAUACUACAGUUGAUGCGUAGAGAAAAAAAAACAAAUGUUGCAGUUGCAGUAGAUGAUAUCAUGUCCACUCCAACUACCAAAUUUUUAUCUAUAGCUGAGAGUAAGAAACAAGCAGUUUCUAAAUUGCUUUUGGCUGAAAAAAACGAUAUUCUGAACAUAUUAGAAUCUGAACGAAAUGAACUGAAAGCGCUUUUGGGAGAAGCAGACCAUCAACCUACUACUGAAGAUUUUAUUCAAAUGGCUUUGAAAGAAUUGGAGUACAAAGAAGCUAUAUUAUUUGAAGAUUUGGAUAAAUUUCAGGACAUUACAAUUGGAGGUAAAGUACAAGGUAACUGUGGAAAUUUUACUGAUGAUCAAGGAAAUAAGCCAAUUAUAGAUGAAAAAAAAUCCGUAAAAGAUGAGUCAUUAAAUUUUCUCAACGAUUCUACAAUUCCUGAUAAACAUUUACAGAAUAACGUGAAUGCAAAUGUCGAGAAAUGUUAUUAUUUUUACCAAGCAAACGAUGGACAAAAUAUUUACCUUCAUCCCAUGAACAUUGACAUGCUAAUUCAAGAGUAUGGAAGCUUGGAAAAUAGUCCUAAAAUGAUUGAAGGAACAGUAUUGGAAAAGAAAUACGAGUGCUACACCGAAGAAUCACGUCAUAGAAUAAGAUAUUUGGAACAUUUACCUUUAUGCAGUGUAUAUGAAAUUGUUGAAAUAGAUAUGCAAUCACUCAUUUCAGCAAAUGUGUGGAAAAAAUUUGAAACGCAAAUUAGAGAGAAACAAUACAAACGUAAAAAGCGUGAACACGCCGAGCGACGUCGUGAAAAAAAAAUAGCUGAAGUUGAAAACAAACGAAUGGGAAAAUACCCUACACCAGACAUUCAUUUAGAAUCACGAACAGAUUUUCCAGAAUUUUCCCCAGAAGAAUUUGACUCACUUCAGCAGAUGGAUUAUAAUACCUCAAUCAAUGCAUCUAUUCCAUCAAUGAAUUCUUUCAGUAGCUCAUCUUCAAGUGUUAACGAAGGCAAUGCAAAUAGUGUAUGGAUGGCAAAAGACAGUGGUCCAUCAUAUGCUCAAAUUGGAGCUUCUGCUCGGCCUACGGCUGGUUCUUAUCGCAGAGUUUCUUCUAAUUUUACACCUCCAACAGAUGAAGAUGUUGAUCCAGAGAUGGAAGAGUAUAUGGCACCCAUACGAGGAUCACAUACAUUCAAUUUAGGAGAUGCAGUUAACCUAGCUGCACUUAAAAAUGGCAACCAGAAAAAAAAGAAAAAAGGAAAAACAACUUACACGCCACUGGAGCUUUUUCAUUGAAAUUACUUGAAAAUGAUUUCUAGUUCGUUUUAAUUUUAUUCUCUACAAAUUAUACAAUUGACUCCUGUUUUUGAUGAUUCCUUUAGAUUUUACGCAGAAGUUGAGAUGAUAUUUAUGUGCGCUGAUAUUAAGUAAUAUCCAAAUAACGUUCAUGUACGAUAAAUAAAUAAAAAUUGUAGAACUUAAUUUUGUUUGUGACAAAAUUUAAAUUAUAAAUAAUAAAUAUAAAUAAAAAUUAUGGACGUAAAUGUCAUCUUGUGGUUGCUGUUUAUUUCCGUAUUAAAUAAACCAAGUAAUGUUACUCCUCUUGAGUUUCAAGCCAAUAAUGAAUGUAUCCAGUCCAAGUUCAGAUCUUUAACUUACACUAAUUAGUGUACUUUUU